AUAUAUAUAUACAUAUAUAUACCACACACCUCAGUCGAGGUAAUUACUGUCCCUUAAUUAAUUAAUUAAUUUUUCUUUUAAAUAUUAUACACUAAUUUUUUUUCAUGUCAAUCCCAUCGUAGCCGAACUAUUCCGGUCCAAACCGGACUGGUUAUUUUUAAUUGUUGUUUUAUCUUCAAAAAACAACAGAAGCAAAAACACAAAAGAAACUUCCUUUUUUUUUUGCGUUUUGUAUUUUUCCCCGUCUUAACCGGUGUUAAUAUUUUUUAAGCCUCUAAAUGGACUUCCAAGGCGACCUACCGGGCUCAUAUGUGGAAGCCCUGGGCCGGGUUAGCCGCAUUCUAUGUCCGUAUUACUUGUUUUUCUUCUUGACACUCACAAGUGUAUUCAGCCAGCAUCAGCAGCACCAGAAGCAAGAACACAUUUGGAAUCUUCGUAACCAAAGAUCUAAACUAAACAAUAACUCAACCACCUUUUUAGUUUUUGUUCAGUAAGGUUGGUUACACACACAAACACACCGACAUCUAAUUUUCUUAGGUCGGUCUAUCCUCGACAUUCGUUCAUGUACAUAGACAGAAAUAUAUAGCAACAUAUACACACUCACACAUAAACAUACGUCGUUCUUUACACCCAUACUCUAAAUAGAUCAUCUACCAAUACACAUACACACACACACAUAUACAUUCUCUAUAAAUACACCUCAUAUACUACACAGAUCUUCUACAUAUACCUUAUACCCGUUCAUACAUUUUCUUUCUAUACACACAUAUAUAUACACGCAGCUUUCUUCUAUUUCUAUAAUUCUUUCUACACACCACACAGACACGUUUAUAUACAUUUAUACACCUUUAUUCUUCUUUCAAUCACGCACCUUUACGUACGUACGUCAUGUGUUAUAUUACAUAUACAUAUAUAUACUCUUAGUUAGACACAUAAUUUACCCAUAUGUCUAAACACAAUAUAUACUCGUCUGUCUGUAUAUAUAAAUCACUUCAGCUCUGCUCGACCUCUUCUGCCACAUAUCCGAGUAGUGGCAUUAAUCACUGUGGUGGUUGCCAGGCAGAAAAUGGCUAAAGGUGUUGUGCGGGGCGCCAGUAAUAUCAGUUCCAAAAAAGCCAAAGCCUCUCGUUCUUGUACUCCUUCAUCUUCCAUUUGUUCUCUAUCUCUUCCUUUUACUUUCUGUCAUCAUCAUCAUUGUCGUCACCGUCGUUGUUGUUACACUGAUCGCCAUUGUCAUCGUAAUCGCCGCCGUGUUUGUAGUCGUCAUAAUAAUAAUAAUAAUAAUAAUUGUUAUUGUUGCUGUUAUACGUCUCCCCUCUCCGACUUCGUCGGCUUCCUCCUUCCUUCCUCUUCUAUUUCCAGCAAACCAGCUGUCGCUCCUCUCUCUGUUUUGACCGCUAUUAACAACAACAACAACAGCAAUAAUAAUAUUAAUAACCUGCCCCACAGUCACAACAACACUCACAUCAUCAACAACAACAACAACCACCCCCACUACCAUAUAAACAACUACUAUAAUAAUAAUAUUAAUAACAACAACAACAGCUGUAGACAAACUCAGGCAUCCUUCUCCGCCGUUGCCGCUCUAGCAGCACGUGGGUCAGGUGUCACCACCGCCACAAGCGUUGUUUGAUCUUCCCUUUUCGUCCAUUUCUUUGUUAUUGUUGUUGUUGUUUGUCACAUCUCCCACUCAUUCAUUCACACACACACACACACACACAGUCUUUCUUCAUCUCUUCGCUGUUUUAGAUAAAUAUUCUUUCUUUUACACACUGACCCAUUCUCUCUUAGAUCUCAUCCUCUUUGUUUUUAUCAUAUCUUCCUCACCGUCGUUAUAUCAUCACUCUUCAUCACAUUAUUAUACGUUGUUGUUAUUAAUAAUAUUUAAUUGUUAAUAAUAGACGACGAUGAUGAUGAUGAUAAUCAGCUCCAAUAAAGUAAUGCACGAGGAAAUAUAAACAUCACAGAAAUAAAAUCAAGAAAAAACAAAAAACUAUAACAAUAAUAAUAUACACAACAUCAGCCCGGAAAAUAAAAUAAAAUAUAAUCAAAAUAAAUUACUAUAAAUUAAUUUAAAAAAAAUAAACCGAAGAAAUUGGAAGGACAGAAAGAAGGAUUCAGAAAUCUUACCAAAAUUCUUCAGGGUACCACUGAUAUGGUUAAGCAAAAAACGAAAACUCUAAGGACGUACGAUGAAGAGGGUUUUCGAAGACGGGCAGCCUGCCUAUGUUUCAGAGAUGAAAGUGAACAGGAGAUCUUACUAGUAUCGAGUAGCAGAUAUAAAGAUCGAUGGAUUGUACCUGGCGGAGGUAUUGAACCGUCCGAGCCGCCAGCAAUAGCUGCGGAGCGUGAGGUUUUUGAAGAAGCUGGAGUACGUGGGAAAUUAGGGAGGCUCAUCGGUGAAUUUGAAAACAACGACAAGAAACAUCGAACAUCAGUAUUUGCUUUCAUCGUGACGGAACUGCUAGAAGAAUGGGAAGAGAAAAAGAACCUUGGUAAGUUGGCAUCAGGUUUGACCUGUUCAUUCAGUCUUGUACUGACCAACCAUUCUUCUUUUACUUAUUCCAUUCUAUUGUGAACCUGUCACAUAAUU